AAAAAAGCUUGUGAUAACAAACAAAUUAACUAUGGAAUACAAAUGGGUGCAUUCAUCUGCAUAUUCAAGCAUUCCUCAGGAUGCUGUUCCUGGUGGCAACGACACUGAUGGUGCAAUUAUUUACGUGGGUCGCUCUUUUCACAAUGGAGACAUGUUAGUGGCUAAAGUUAUGCCAUCAAAGCAUAUAGCAUUUGUCUCAUGGAGAGGUGAAGAAGUACCAAAAGAUCAUUUUGAAAUAUUAUGCGGCACUAAUCUUGCAUGGCGUCAUUGUUAUGACCAUGUGAUACCAGAAAAUGCAGUGCUUUGUGGUAAAACUUCAUUAGAACAACCGAUUUAUGUUGGACGCGGUUGGUAUGAAGGCAGUCUCACAGUUGGUAAGAUCUCUUCUGUACAUCGUGCAUUGUUCAUACCAUUUGGUGGAGCAGAAAGACGUCUUAAUUCAUAUGAAAUAUUAGUUGAAGAAACAAAAUCUAUAGGUUGGUCACUACCUACACCACCACCACCAGAACCAAUAAUUGAAAAAGCAAAUCCACCACUUAUUGAACUAUUAGAAAGUAAACCAUAUCCGUAUCCACCCAUGUUAGAAUCAAAGCCAUCAGUACCAUUUGUUCCAGUGCCAGCAUAUGACCCACCACCACCAUAUGCACCUAUUGCACCAUCUGUACUACCACCACCACCACCAACACCUGUUUUCACACCAGCGAAUGUUGCAGGAGCUACAUCAUAUGAUCCAUAUUUACCAUCAAAACCCGGCUAUACAACAGCAGAAUUUAAACCAGCCACACCUUAUGAUCCAUACUUACCACCAAAACCUGGUUAUACACCAGCAGAAGUUGCACCACCAAAUUCAUAUGUGCCACCACCAACUUUUACGCCUGCACAAGUUGCACCGCCAACACCAAUUAGAACUCAUGAUCUCUGGGUUGCAGCUAGUUACAAUUAUACACCUCCCAAUGCAGUGCACGCUGGUCAUGAUACAGAUUUAUCAACAUUAUUAGUUUGUCGUGCAUUCCAUUGUGGUGAAAUGCUACCCGGAAAAGGUGUACCAAAUCGUGGUUGUGCUUAUAUAUCACACGCUGGACAAGAGAUUACCAAAUCAAAUUAUGAAAUAUUAGUGGGCGAUAGAUAUCAUUGGGUAUCAUCUGGUGAUGGCAAUGUACCGCCCGGUGCAGUUGAAGCAGGUCGUACUAUGAAUGGAGAACCUUUAUAUGUUGGUAGAGCUCAUUAUUGUGGGAGUCUUACACCAGGUAGAAUACAGUGUUCUCACAGAUGCUUGUAUAUACCGUAUGGCGGGAGAGAGGUUCGAGUUACUCACUAUGAAGCUUUGGUGCGCAGUGAUGAAUUCUACCGUGGACAAGGCAUGCUGUAUUAAUUCUCAAAAGCAUUGUCACUAAUAUAGUUAAUAUUUUAAAAAUUAUUUGUUGUUUAUUGUAAAUAUUCGUUAUAUAGAUUUAUUUUAUAUAUGUAUUUGUGUUGUAUAUCCAAUUAUUAA